GUUGUGCGUUGUAUCAGCAGUUUACCGGUUUGUUUAUCUUGUGUGAGCAUUGUGAAAUCGUUGUUCUCGGGAUUACAUACAUAUUGCUGUGCUGAAGUUCUGCUUCUUGUGGUUUAUUCGGUUGUGGCAAUCGUUGGAAGAAUUGUGUAAAAAUCGAGUGAAUCCAGUGAGAAUUAUUUCGCAGUGAAAAGCAGUGUUUAAAUAUUCAAGGUGUGCUGUUCAAGUGAUUCCGGAAUCUAAUCUGCUAAAGUAUCAAUUGAACCGUAAAUUUGCUUCAAUGGAAAGUGAAUCAGCUAGUGUGGUUGCCGGUUCCAGCAUGGUGGAGCCGAAGGUAGAAGCUAUCGGCGAUACUGGCGAGGAUGUGGCUUCCGAGGAGAAACCCGCCAUUCCGUUGGCACCGUUUCGCAAUGUAAACACUCAACACGGUGACUAUCGCAGCGUUGACGAGGAAAACAUUGUCGUUCUCCGAGUGUGCCAUUCGCCGGAACCGAAGCCGGUUCUGGUGGACGGCAAGGAGCAGCCGUUCAUUUGGAUUGAGGAGUUCGUUUGGCCCGGCGAUGAAAAUGAGGUAAGUACCUGCCAACCUUCGUGCGAGACAUUCGGCCUAUUCCGUGUCCAUGUAUUUGCCUAGUAGGUGCAAACAUAUUGGAGUUUACUAUAUGUACCGACGGAACUGGUUACAACCAUGCAUAGUUGCUGGUGACUGGACUCGGUUGGACUGUGGAGGCACAACACCAGAUAUGCAAGGUAAGUGGAAAACUUA